GCUCGAGACACCUGCCCCAGCCCCACCAUGCUCGUGGCAUCCACCACUUCUGCUGUGCCCCGGACCCUCUCCCCGCCUCUUCUGCCCGGCAACAGCAGCGAGGAGCCGCCGGACACCCGGAACCCGCUGCUCGUCCAGGCAGAGCUAGCCCUGCUCUCCACGGUCUUUGUGGCCGUGGCCCUGAGCAACGGCUUGGUGCUGGGGGUCCUAGCACGCCGGGGCCGGCGGGGUCGCUGGGCACCCAUGCACGUCUUCAUUGGUCACUUGUGCCUGGCCGACCUGGCCGUGGCUCUGUUCCAAGUACUGCCCCAGCUGGCGUGGGAUGCCACGGACCGCUUCCGUGGGCCUGAUGCCCUGUGCCGGGCAGUCAAGUACCUGCAGAUGGUGGGCAUGUACGCCUCCUCCUACAUGAUCCUGGCCAUGACGCUGGACCGCCACCGCGCCAUCUGCCGCCCCAUGCUGGCAUACCGCCACGGAGGUGGAGCUCACUGGAACCGGCCAGUGCUGGUGGCCUGGGCCUUCUCGCUCAUUUUCAGCCUGCCCCAGCUUUUCAUCUUUGCCCAGCGUGACGUGGGAAAUGGCAGUGGGGUCCUUGACUGCUGGGCCCACUUUGCUGAGCCCUGGGGCCUCCGAGCCUAUGUCACCUGGAUCGCCCUAAUGGUGUUUGUGGCACCUGCCCUGGGCAUCGCUGCCUGCCAGGUGCUCAUCUUCCGGGAGAUUCAUGCCAGCCUGGUGCUGGGGCCGGCAGAGAGGGCUGGGGGUGGCCGUGGAGGGCACCGGACCGGCAGCCCCAGUGAGGGGGCCCGGGUGUCAGCAGCCGUGGCCAAGACCGUGAGGAUGACGCUGGUGAUUGUGAUUGUCUACGUGUUGUGCUGGGCGCCUUUCUUCCUCGUGCAGCUGUGGGCAGCGUGGGACCCGAAGGCACCCCUGGAAGGUGCCCCCUUCGUGCUGCUUAUGUUGCUGGCCAGCCUCAACAGCUGUACCAACCCCUGGAUCUACGCCUUCUUCAGCAGCAGUGUGUCCUCCGAGCUGCGCAGCCUGCUCUGCUGCGCCCAGAGUCGGGUCCCACCCAGCCCGGGGCCCCAGGAGGAGUCCUGCGCCACUGCCAGCUCCUUCCUGGCCAAGGACACUUCCUCCUGAGAGGCUUUUAGAGGCUCUGUGAAAGCCCGCUGCCUGCCUGGGGCUGGCCCCGGGAGCUCUGGGGAGGAGGGGGGCUCUCCGGGAACUGGCUCCGGGGCGUGGGGAGGGGCUUGGGCCGUGGCAUUGGGCUUCCACCCCAGCCGGUGCCUGCCCCUGAGAUGGAGGUCCCAGGGAGCCCGGCAGGAAGGAA